AUGCAGCAAACAGGCCGCCUGUCCAUCGCUUGCUUUCUCCUGGUUGUAUUCCCGGUCCUAAAUCAGGGUCUACUCUGGCAACCCCCCGUGGCCCCUCCGGUGGUGGCGGCCCUUUCUGAGGGUCCAACUAGCAGUAAUGGGACUUUCCAGCAGCUCAUUGACCACUCAAACCCAGACCUAGGCACUUUUUCACAAAGGUAUUGGUGGGACACGACAUUCUGGGAUGGGCCAGGCUCCCCGGUCGUGAUUUUCACCCCUGGGGAGGUCUCUGCUGAUUUCUACUCGGGCUAUCUCACAAACCGCACCAUCACGGGGCUGUACGCCCAAGCUAUCGGAGCCGCGGUCAUUGUCCUUGAACAUCGGUACUGGGGGCAGUCCUCACCCUUCCAGGUCCUGGACACGCAGAACCUGAGAUAUCUGACGCUUGAGAAUGCGGUUGCUGAUAUGGUACACUUUGCAAGGACGGUCAAUCUCCCAUUUGACCCGAGCGGUGUCACGAACGCUCCCAGAGCUCCGUGGAUAAGCGUUGGGGGCAGCUACAGUGGUGCCCUCGCAGCUUGGAUUGAGAAAUUGUCCCCCGGAACCUUCUGGGCUCACCAUGCGAGCAGUGCACCAGUACAAGCCAUUCGAGACUUUUGGCAAUACUUCCAGCCCAUUCAGGACGGCAUGCCCAGGAACUGCAGCCUCUCGAUGACCCAGAUCGCCACGCACAUCGACUCGGUGCUGUGGCAGAAAAAAAAAACAGAAAUCCUGAGAUUAAAGCAGAUGUUUGGCUUGGAAAAACUGGAACAUGACGAUGACUUUGCUUCGUGUGGCCGUUGCGUUCCCUCUGGGCGAGUGGCAGAGCAUACCAACUACUCUAGAUUCUAUGCAAUGUGCGACAGUAUCCAGGGUGCUAGGCCGGUCCAGACUGAAGAAGGCAACAAUACCAGCACGACGCCAAAGCCCAUCAUACCGGGCACUGCAGCUGGUUUCUGGCAAGCGCUUGCCAACUACGCCAGCUGGUUCAAAAAUGAGUACCUUCCUGGCACAUGCAACAGUUAUGGCUACUUUGAAUGGAGAAGCAGGCGCUCAGUCGCCUGCUUCGACACGUACAACGAGACAAGCCCCAUGUACAAGGACUACUCUCCGUCCAACACCGUCAACCGGCAGUGGUUCUGGAUGCUGUGCAACCAGCCCUUCUUUUACUGGCAAACGGGUGCACCUUUGUAUGUGCCUUCGAUUGUCUCGCGCUAUCUAACCCCCGUGUACAUGGAGCGGCAAUGCCGGCUAUUCUUCUCUCCGCAAGAAAACGUCACGUUUGGCGCUGCUGCGGGCAAGACGGAGCAGAUGGUCAACGGGCUGACCGGCGGGUGGUUUGUGAACACGACCAGGCUUAUAUGGGUGAAUGGAGAAUUUGACCCCUGGAGGUCUGCCUCUGUUUCGAGUGCUUUCCGGCCGGGUGGACCGAUGCGGAGUAGCAGGGAAGCGCCAGUGUACCUAAUCCGAGGGGCUCAUCACUGCACUGAUCUCAACACUAGAAAUGGGGAGGUCAAUGAGGAUGUUCGAAGGGCGCAGUUGAGUGUGAUCGCGCAGAUGGUCGAGUGGAUUGGCGAGUUCUACGACUUGAAGAAGAAGGGCAAGAUUGAUGAAGACGGCUGGAUAUGA